CUCAGUUAUUUUCGGCAACGCAACCCUUCAAUUUCUCUAAUCCCUAAUUGUUCCUUUUCAGCCACGCUGUUCCCUCAAACGCCCACCGUUUUCUCCUUUCCCUCUCCUUCAUCGUGCGCGUUACUAAGAAACAGAAACGCGAACUCGCUCUGUGCCGCCGCGCCUCCGCCUCGCCUCGCUGCCUUUGCCGUUCAUCAGAAAAGGAGUUCUUUUUUGUUGCUGCUGAGAUUUUCGAGCUCAUUUUCAGGAAGCUUCAGGGUUACUUUUACGGUCACUAGAUAUUGGAAUUUCUGGAGGGCUGUAUUGCUAUGUUCCUUGGCUGCUUGGUGCAGACUGCAAAGAAGGAAAGAAUAGAGACUAGUUUUUAUCUAUCUUUAAUGCUGAAAGAGGGUUUCUGAAUCGCUAUUGAAAGAAGCAUGUCGGGUGGUUUAAGCUUGUCUCACCAUGUCAUAAUUCAAGCUCUCUUGUCACGAGGCCCACUCAAGGAGAAAGACUUACACUCCAUGUUUGAAGACCUCACUAAGAAAAGUCCAGGCACUGAACGCAGGCUAUUUGAUGCAUUUAUAUUAGCAAUGAACAAGGCCCUUACUUGUGCUAAUUUUGAAUUGCGCGGCUGCAUCGAUCAAUAUGACGGCCAAGUUUAUUAUGGAAUUGUCAAUACUGUUUCGGAUGAACAAUCCAAGCUGGGGACAAAGUAUACAGUUCCGCAAAUUGCUUUCUAUAAGGCCAUUAUUGAAGCAAUAGUUCAAGAUGCCACUGCAAAUGGUUUUAUCUCCAGCAUUGAUGCUCUCAAUCUUAAUUUGGAUAGCCAGGUUACAAUUGUGACCGGUUCAGAGUCUCAAGAAGAAAGCCAACGUGUGCCAUAUGCAUUGAAGAAUUUUGGUUUGUCUCAAAAGGAAAAAACUCUAAGUGAGCUUGUGAGGGACUUGUGGCUUGAUUCAACAACAGAUGGUAAUGUUAGACUUGGUGUAAAAUCAUUCCUUGAUCUCCGCAGUUGGUUUCUAAGUAAUGAUGUCCCAUCCUGUCAUGUUUGCAAUGAAGCUGGAAUAAAGGCAGAGUUGUGCCCUAAUCAAAAUUGCAUUGUACGAAUUCAUUCCUACUGCCUGAAGCAACUUUUCUCUCAGAGAAAGGCUGCAAAAGUUUGCCCAAGUUGUGGUACUUCAUGGCCAUUUACAGUACCGAAAGCAGAAUUCUUACAGGCUGAAGAUGACAAUGAACCUAGGCAAAGCCAACGAGCUUCUCGUUCUAAAGGAAAGAAGCAAAGAGCCAAUACGAUUGUUGAGGAUGAAGAAGUUGGAUGCAGCAAUCAGGAUGAACUGAAUGAGCAUAUAGAAAGCCAGCGGGACAGUGGACAGGCACGAAAAAGGAAUAGACCACAUAGAACUAAUGAAGCAGAUAGAGUAGGCCUUGAUGCAUCUCAAUCAUCAUCAGCUGUCUCUGAUUUGAGAAGAGUAACUCGAAAAUCUUCUCGUCUGAGCUAAACUUACAAUGGUGCCCUGUUGUACCAGGGAAUGCUAGGUGAAGCACACUAUUUUGCUGCUGACUAUUUUUGCUGAGUGAAUAGUUGAACUUCUGUUUUGUAGUUAUGCAGUUAGCUAGUUUUGAGUAGACUGACACGUAGCUUGAAACACCAACCUUCUAGUUCUAGUUAUCUAAAUAUCAGCUUGUAAAUUUGUGUCGAUGAUGUUGGGUUAGAGGCAUUGAUGUUAUGCUCAACUUUGAUAUUGUUUAUUAGUAUUAUGCAUCUUCAAUCGUGCCAUUGUUUUUAUAA